AUGAAUUCGGGGAUCAAUCUUACCACAAACGCUAAGGAACUCAAAUCGAGUUAUCAAUCGGUUCUGGAAGGAAAAGAGGCCAAUUGGGUAGUUUAUGGUUACGAGAGAGGAAACGAAUUAAAGGUUGUGUCGAAAGGAG